AUGGCUAAGUAUGGAUAUUCUCUUAUGUUUUAUCGUUUGAUGAUCUCCAUUUUCAUACUCUCCUCGAGUUUAAGGUGCAAAGCCAUUGAUAAUGAUGAUAGAAAGGUAUAUAUUGUGUACAUGGGGUCACUUCCUGAUGAUGCGCUGUACUCGCCAACGGCUAACCACAUAAGCCUAUUGCAAGGAGUGCUUCAGGGCAGUAGUGUAGAAAACUCUUUAAUUACAAGUUACAAAAGGAGUUUCAAUGGCUUUGCAGCCAAACUUACUGAUACUGAAAGACAGAGGAUUGCUGAGAUGAAAGAAGUAGUUUCUGUAUUCCCUAGUAGAAAUCUUAAACUUCAAACAACAAGAUCUUGGGACUUCAUUGGUCUCCACCAGAAAGCGAAAAGAAAUCCCACCGCAGAGAGCAAUAUUAUAGUUGGUGUAAUUGACAGUGGAGUUUGGCCUGAAUCGGAUAGCUUUAGUGACAAAGGUUUUGGUCCUCCUCCAAAGAAGUGGAAAGGUGUCUGCUCCGGAGGUGACAAUUUCACAUGCAAUAACAAGCUCAUUGGAGCUCGGUUUUACCAACAAUCACUCAUAAAGAAAACUACUACUACCGCAAGGGAUACAGAGGGACAUGGAUCCCAUACAGCCUCAACAGCAGCUGGAAACAUUGUAAAUGGUGUUACCUUCUUCGGAAUAGUAAGAGGUGCCGCAAGAGGAGGAGUUCCCUCUGCAAGAAUUGCUGUUUACAAAGCUUGCGAUGGUGGUUGCUUUUCUGCAAGUAUAUUGGCUGCUUUUGAUGAUGCUAUUGCUGAUGGAGUUGACAUUAUCACAAUCUCAAUUGGGGCUGAUUCUCCACUUGAGUAUGAUCAAGAUCCUAUAGCAAUUGGUGCUUUUCAUGGAUUGAAGAGAGGGAUAUUGACUAUUAAUUCUGCUGGCAACUCUGGUUCCUCUCUUGGUUCCGUAUCGAGUGUAGCACCGUGGAUGAUGACUGUAGCAGCAAGCAGCACAGACAGACGGAUUAUAGACAAAGUUGUUCUUGGAAAUGGAAAGACUCUAAUCGGUAAUACAGUUAACACUUUCACAAUGAAUCAAAGCUUUCCUUUAGUAUAUGGAAAAGAUGUUACGAAUGGUGUCUGCGUUGAAAAUGACACCAGGUCCUGUGUUGAACUAUGCAUAAAUCAAACUGCAGUGAAGGGAAAGAUUUUGCUGUGUGAUCGGCCACCAUUGGCGGAGGCUUUAACUAAUGCAACUGGUUCAAUAUAUAACAAAUUGGUGUCGUCUGACACUCCUUUUGUUGAAGCAGCUCCUACAUCAGGUUUAACCCCUGAAGACUAUACCACUGUCCAAACCUACUUCAAUUCCACAAAAAACGCUCACGCAAACAUAUUGAAAAGUGAAGUCAUAACAGAUUCUGCUGCUCCUAGAGUUGCUUCAUUCUCUUCACGGGGGCCAAAUCUCAUUACGAGGGAGAUUUUGAAGCCAGAUAUAACAGCCCCAGGCAUAGAUAUUUUAGCUGCGUUUUCACCUCUAGCUUCACCUUCAUCUUUCAGUGGCGACUUGAGGAGGGUGAAGUACAAUAUAGUAUCUGGAACCUCCAUGUCAUGCCCUCAUGUUGCUGGAGCAGCUGCAUAUGUUAAAUCAUUUCACCCUGAUUGGUCUCCUUCAGCCAUAAAAUCUUCUCUUAUGACCACCGCUUGGGUCAUGAACAGUACUCAAAGUUUCGAUAGCGAAUUUGGUUAUGGAGCAGGGCACGUUAACCCUGUGAAAGCCAUAGAUCCUGGACUUGUCUAUGAAAAUUCUCAAGAGGAUUACAUAAAUUUCCUAUGUGGAAUUGGUUAUACUGAGGACAGAAUAAGGCUUAUAUAUGGCGAGUAUAAUAGCACUUGCCACAAAGUUUCUGUUGAGCCUAAGAACUUCAAUUAUCCGGCAUUUGUCCAUCAAGUUGUUGAAGAUGAUGGAUCUUUCUCAGUUGAUUAUAAGAGAAGAGUGAAGAACGUUGGCCUUGCAAACUCCACUUACAAGGCAAAAUUUAGUCCAAAUUCUAAACUUGAAAUGAAAGUGGAGCCUGAAGUUCUUUCCUUCAAAUUUCUGAAUGAAGAGAAGGCUUUCAAUGUGACUGUUACAGGAGUUGUGGAAAGUGGAACUAUUCAGUCUUCAUCAAUCAUCUGGUCUGAUGGUACUCAUAGUGUUAGAACUCCUAUUGUUAUUUUUAAGCCUAUACCAAGUUAA